AUGAUGUACGGAACAACGAAUGCAUGUGGCAGCUGAAUGUUGGGCAGUGAAAAAGAAAGAGGAACAACGAAUGCAUGUGGCGGAAAUGAGAAUGCUUAGAUGGAUGAGUGAAGUGACAAAGAAGGAUAAAAUUAGAAAUGAGUAUAUUAGGGGAAGUCUAGGUGUGGCACCAAUUGAUGCCAAAAUGAGAGAUCAUAGGUUGAGAUGGUUUGGUCAUGUUCAACGUCGAGAAGUUAAUCACCCAAUACGAAGAAUUGGUGAAGUGCAGAUUCCUGGAAGGAGUACGAGAGGAAGACCAAAGAAGACGUGGGGGGAGACGAUUAGGCAGGACAUGUUGGUAAAGGGGCUUGACAUUGAUAUGACCCAAGAUAGAAUUGUGUGGAGAAAUGCAAUUAGGGAAGCCGACCCCGCAUAGGGAUAAGGCAAAGAGAAUGAU